CAGCUCUCCCGGGCAGACAGAGUUGAUUUAUCUGUCUGACAUCCAAUUCUGCUACAGUUCGAAACCAACGAACACUACGAAGGGUUGUAAGGCCGGCCCCGUGAGGGGCAAAGGAGGGGAUGAAACUAUUCCCGGCCGUAUCUCAAACCGCCCAGGGGCAAAGGAACCAAACAGCAUUCCGCAUUCAUGCCCCCUGAUGGUCUGUGCUUGGCGCACUAGUCCUGACAAUGUCUUAUCCCAUUUCAGGGAGGCGCAUGCGAUUCCAGACGUGAUCCUCACGUCCCCUUUUAUCUUCCCCUCUCCGUCUUUUCCUGCGGCCCUGCCUGCCGUUCCCCGGAACUCGCAUAGCAAGAACCCCUCCCCAAUGGAGUCAUCCCACGCCCUUCAUCUCACCAGACGAGCUGCGGCUCUGACGCUGCCACUGUUGGCACGCAGUGACGACUCCUCGUCCGGCGAAAAGCCCGUCAGUAACUUUCUCAAGAGCGGCGUCCCGGGCAUCAUCGUUGGCGUAAUCUUCCUGGCAGCAUGUUCGGUGUGCUGCUUUUUCCUCUGGCGCAACAAACAACGAGAUGCUAAAGAAGCAGCAGCGACUCGGGAAUGGAAUGAGGCAUGACGACGGAUGAUCUGCAAAACCUCCUGCAACCACUCUCGACGAUAUUCCCCUGGAGCUGAGCUACCAAUGAUUCCUCUGGCUCGGCUCCAUCAUCUCUUUCCUCUCUUUCGACGGUUCUUGGAGUUUGGGUCUUGGUUUUCGUCACUCAAUCAUCGCCAUCAGCAAUUUUCUUAUCUCUUGCAAGAAUCUAUUCCACCCGGCUCGCGAUACCACACUUGCAUGGGCUUCACUGGCUGAACCAAAGAUGUACCACUAGCGCUGCGCUGAUUUUCUUUCUGUCUCGAAUGUGGCCUUCCGACUACCAUGUAUCAUAUCAAUUGCGGCGGGCACCCAUUGGUCUGUACUGACUAGGGAAUGCCACGACCAGCGCUUUGCCCUUGAUGGACUUACUCUGUAAUCACGCGACCGUUCUGAACAGUAGUGAAUAAACACCGCAGGCAUGGCAGCCGGAUUCUCACGGUUGCCGUGCGAUC